AUGGAUCCUGAAAAUUCUGAUAUGGAUUUCAACACAAAUCCAUCAAAUCCUCUGUUUCUUCAUCCAAGUGAAAAUCCAUCGUUAAUUCUGGUGAAUCAACCAUUAACAGGAAGCAACUAUCAUACUUGGGCGCGUUCACUAACUGUAGCGCUUUUGUCCAAAAAUAAAGUUGGAUUCAUCGAUGGAAGCAUUAUUACUCCACCACCUAAUGAUCCAAGUUUCUCUCAAUGGCAACGAUGUAAUACCAUGAUCGAGAAAGCUCGUGAUGUGUGGCUGGAUUUGCAAGAACGCUUUUCUCAGUCUGAUGUAUUCAGAAUCUCAGAUCUACCACAGGAAAUUUACAAACUGCAUCAAGGUGAUCGUAGCGUGUCAGAAUUUUAUACAGAACUCAAGACUAUGUGGGAUGAACUUGAGAACUUGAAGCCACUACCUGCAUGUACUUGUUUUCCUCCAUGUACGCGUGGUGCUUUCAGCAGAAUGCGAGCUUAUCGUGACAGAGAUCACAUGAUCCGUUUCCUAAAAGGACUAAACGAUCAAUAUGCUGUUGUUCGCUCUCAGAUUAUGUUAAGCGAUCCAUUAUCGAAUGUUAAUCGUGCUUUCUCCAUGGUCUCACAACAGGAGAGACAAUUUGGUGCUGAUAAUGGAGGUUUUAAUAGUCCAGGAGGCAGAUAUGGCAGAGGACGUGGUAGAUAUGGAGGAAGAGGAAAUCUUUUGUGCACUCACUGUGGUAGGAUCAACCACACUACUGAAACCUGCUAUCAACUCCACAACUAUCCACCUGGAUACCAUACGAGAAAUGCUCAAUCUAGUGCCAAUAAUGUUGCUCAGGAUAAUGCUACCAUGACUACCAGAAAUGAGAUGAAUCUUAGUACUUUUUCACAAGAACAGUACCAACACUUGGUUUCUCUUCUGCAUAAUUCUCAUAAUCCCAAUGCAGUAGCUCAAACUGCUCCUAAUACUCUCAAUGCUUCUAAUCAUGCUGUGAACAUUACACAGAUUUCAAACAUACACACGGAUGCUUCAGGUAGUCUCAAUACAAAGUGGAAUCCCUCCCAGGAGAUGAUUGGUAUUGCUAGACAGCAGAAAAGCCUCUAUGUGAUAGUAAAUGAGGAUAACACCUUGAAGAAUAAGGACUCAUAG